AUGUUUACGACAGGUAGCUGUAGAGAAGGACAAACUUAUUCAAGACAUUUUGGUGAUAGAAAUCAUCAGCCCGAUCUUGAUAUAGUUUUUGAGGAAGGUAUUAUUUAUUCAGAAGAUGAGUUGAUCAAAUUGGAUAAAUGUCCUGGAUUUGUUCGUAUUAAAUGGAAUAAUAUAACAUUAUCAUCGAAGCCGUAUGGACAAGAUGAAAAUGGUGUCUGCUGUGUUGAUGGCUUUAAAAUCAAAGAAGUUUUUUCAUCAAUGAUGAAGUUAUCGAUGAAAUUAAAUGAGGUUGACGAAUUUUGUGAAAUAAAUCAUCAAAUAACCACCGAUUCAGCGGCUGUCCAAACAACAUUAACUGAAAAACGGGAACAAAUAACUGCUGCAGUGUUAUUCAAAGAAGGCCUAGAUCUGAUUACUACUAUGAGAAAUGAAACACAGGAUAUUGCUGUAGCAUCGAAGAAUUAUCAAAUCCUUUAUGAAUUACUAAAUGGGUCAAAUAGUAAGAAGCUAAUGAAUAAAUUAAUUGAAAGUACUUGGAAGGAAGUGAAAUUAUUUCCGAAAAUUUUUUGUCUUCAAAAUAUGCUUAGUUCUUAUUAUAGUUUAUAUGCACCGGCAUUCAGUAUUCCAUUGACAAAUGAGCAGCAGUUGCAAGCAUCCGUUUUAAUUAAUUUCUAUUUAAAACAUAAACAUUUAGCAGUGCGCAAGCAUAGCUGUACUACAGCCUAUCGAAAGCAAGUUUCUUGUCAUGAAUCAAGCACUGAUGUUUUGCGAGCAUUUAAACUCAAUUUCUGGCCAACGGAUAUACGAGAAAUAUUUUUAAACCGUUUUAAAGCAAAUCGUCCUAUUUUGUAUGAAGAUAUAAAAACAGCUUACAUGCAUUUAGUGCCAAAAUGGUCGGGAAAUCAAUCAACUGAUUCUGAUCAGCGAUUCGAAUUUCGUUAUUCUUUCUCUGCAGUCGAGAUUAUAUUAGCCGAUAAACGAACAAAAAACGAAAAAAUUUUAAAUGGUGUAACAAGAAAUAUUUAUUACAAGUAUUUAUAUAAACCACAAGAUGGCAAUAAUGAUGGUCGCAUUCGAUCCUAUUUCGUCAAAACAACCGUGUUGUGGAUGUGUGAACAGAUGGAUCUAAAUGCCUUUAAACACGAGGAUGAUGAAGUUAUAGCAAAACAUAUGGCAGAGAAAUGGAUUGAUUAUGUUUGCUCAUUGUUGAAACAACGUUAUUGUCCACACUAUUUUGUUGAUGGCCUUAAUAUUCUAGAAUCAUGUUCUGUAGAAGCUUUAGAAAAAGCUCAUCAGACAUUAAAGCUGGAUGUGAACCUUGAUGAAAUGAUUGGUUCAUCAAAUUUAGGCGAAAUUAUCAAGCAGUAUACAGAUAAUUACAUGGAUCGCAGUGGAACAAAUGCUGAGCGUCUACCAGAUCUGAUUGAGGCCAUUGAAGAGUAUGGUACAAUAAAACAUUAUUGGGAUACAGGUUUUGAUAUACUUGAUGAAAUGGAUGCUGCUGAAUGCUGCUUGGAAAUAUUAGAUAACUUAUAUGAAUUUGAUGAUGGUGAAACAGAUAAUUGGUCUAGAUGGAAACAGUUAUUUGUUGAUACUGAGUAUUAUCAACCAAUUCCGCAAUUCAGUUCAGCGGAACGUAAAAGUCAAAUAUUACUAUUUACACACUCUUUAUGCAUUUCCGCAUUUACAUUGAAAUCAGUAAUUAAAACCGUUUUCGAUGGAGAAAUGUUGGAACAAAUGUUAAAACCUUUUGAAGAACUUUCAUUCUUAUUAAAUGAAUACGACAGUAGUCUAGUAAACACAAACAAGAAUAUAUAUGAUGAAAUGCAUUCUGUGUUAAAGCUCGAGAAGCCGUACUUGCCAUUAGCAUUUUCAACACCAUCAAUGAUAUCAAAUAGUCUGUCAGUAAUGCAUAAGCAAACAUUGUUAACAGAUCAUCCACAUGGUCCAAAAUUUAAAGAUUUACUACGUAGUUUACCAUACAACAUGAUGUACACGCAAGAAUUAUACCUAUCGAAUAAAGUCCAACUAAAAUAUCCCAUUGGGGACACACUGAUGCAACGUAAUAUUUUACAAUUACUGUAUGAAAAUCGUUUAUUCUUAGAAGCAACGUAUCCUCACAAAACCCAAAUGGGAAUAUGGUCAGAAACAGUUUUCCAAUGGUUGUUUAAGAAGUGCAGCGAUGCAGAUGAAUUUUUAACGGAUUGGUGGUAUUUACCACCGUUAUUUUGUCUGAGAAACUGUUUUAAUAUAGACACUCCUGGUCAUUUAUCAGAUGAAAUGAUUAUAAACAUGUUCGAUGAACGUCAUUACAUUGACGAUGCUCAUAUAAACAUAAUGAAACAAGAUGAUGAGUUCGGUGAUCUCCUUGAAGAUGAACUAGAUGAUAUUGAACUUUGUAAAGAUUUUUCAGCAUAUCUAUUCGCUGCCAUAGGAGUUUUACCAAUGUUUAAACAUAUUCCCGAACAAGCGGAAAUCAGCAUUGCAGUAUUUCUUGAAAAAAAUGAUUUAAUUUUACCAAUAGAAUCUCACUAUGAAUUUCAAUUUAAAUAUUGUCAAAUAGGAGCAUUAGAAAAAUUCGUUCAGGAGCUAAGCGAAUUUGAAGACUGUAAAGUAAGGACUUAUGCUACAUUAUUCUGUAGUAUUUUUUUAGCGGAAAUUGAUGAAUGGAUUCGAACACUAUUGUUGGAAAAGUCUAGUGUUGUUGGAAUAUUUUUCCAUCAACUGACCUCGAAAACAGGCAUUAUGCUGAGCAAAUUAAUAAAUCGUUCAUGUAAUACUGAAGAAGAAUUAUUGAAAAUCCAGACUGCUGUUGAAAAUCAACCAGGAAAUUUGAUAGAAUAUUUUGCAAAGCUUCAUAAAAUAUUUAACCCCAAUACGUUACAAUCACUGAGACAAAAUGAACAGCAAUUACUUGAUGGUUAA